UAAUUACCACAUUAUAAUCAGCAAUGUUCAUGUUUUCGCGAAACACAUUAAUCAAAAUAUUAUAUUAGUAAUAAUUAUAUUGACAUAGUUUUUCUGUAUUCACGAUUUUCUUAAUUACAAUGCCAGUAUGAAGCAAAGUUGUUAUUGUCAAUGUCAUUAUUAUUAUCUGACUUUGAAAUUGAAUUUUGUUUUGCGUUUCUGAACGAUCACAAUAUAUCAGAUAAUAAUAUUUGAUAAAACAAAUCGAAAUGAACAUUUGUAAUGUUGUAAAUGUAAAUAAUUGUAAGCUUCUGUUUUGUUAUAGUUAAUGGAGCUGAUUCUCAAUUGAGUUAAAAUAAGUUGUAUUUUAAAUGACAAUCAUGUUUACUUUCGAAUAAUUUCCGAACGAAUUUCAAAGUAAAACGAAGUCCGAAGAACAUACAGUGAAAAAAUUAAUAACAUCGCCCAUAUUUGCUAAAUUUUUCGCUUGUUCCCUGUGUUAGUGUUUAAAAGCGUGCUGAUUUUCUUACAUAGUGGCUAAAGUGACGCCAUACCCCAGUAUGAGUUAUUCCACUCGGAAUAAAUUCGAGAUCGCGCGGUUUUCGGGCGAAGAUGAGAGCCAUAUAAAUAAAAAAUUACCAAAAGAAUUGCUUCUCCGAAUAUUGUCUUAUUUGGAUGUGGUCUCGCUAUGUCGCUGUGCACAGGUAUCUAAAUUAUGGAAUAUACUUGCUCUCGAUGGCUCCAAUUGGCAGAGGAUCGAUCUUUUCGACUUCCAGAGGGAUGUUGAGGGGUCUGUUAUAGAGAAUAUAUCACAUAGAUGCGGGGGCUUCCUUCGUCAAUUGUCGUUACGUGGGUGCGAGAGCAUUGCAGAUGGGUCUAUGAAGACUCUUGCGCAGUCUUGCCCCAAUAUCGAAGAUCUGAAUUUGAAUAAGUGUAAGAAGGUCACGGACCACACAUGUCAAGCCCUUGGCAGGAGGUGUAGCAAGCUGCAGAGAAUAAACCUGGACUCGUGUCCAAGUGUAACAGAUAUAUCCUUGAAGGCGCUAUCAGAUGGAUGUCCACUUUUGACACACGUGAAUGUGUCGUGGUGUCAGUCGAUAUCGGAGAAUGGGGUUGAGGCUUUGGCGAGGAGCUGUCCGAAAUUGAAGAGUUUUAUUUGCAGAGGUUGUAAAAAUGUUAACGAUCGCGCCGUGUCCUGUCUGGCGACAUUCUGUGUAGAUCUGGAAGUGCUUAAUGUUCAGGGAUGCGAUAACUUGACAGACGAUUCGAUAUCGAAGCUCGGUGGUGCCAUGCGUCGUCUAUGCGUGUCGGGUUGUACCCGUCUGACAGACACGUCUCUCUGCGCUUUGGCUACCAAGUGUCCAGAUUUGGUCACGUUGGAGUUGGCCCAAUGCGCCCAGCUGACGGAUGCGGGGUUCCAGGCUCUCGCUAGGAGCUGUCGAAUGCUUGAACGAAUGGACUUAGAGGAAUGUGUACUCAUUACUGACACCACCUUGGUGCAUUUGGCCAUGGGCUGUCCGCGACUAGAGAAACUUACAUUAUCACAUUGCGAAUUAAUAACGGAUUAUGGAAUCAAACAACUGUCAAUGUCGCCGUGCGCAGCGGAACACCUCACCGUGUUAGGUCUAGAUAACUGCCCGUUGGUGACGGAUGGCGCGUUAGAGCAUUUGAUCUCGUGUCACAAUCUUCAGCUCAUCGAGCUGUACGACUGUCAGAUGGUGACGAGGAACGCGAUACGAAAAUUGAGGAAUCACCUACCGAACAUCAAGGUGCACGCUUAUUUCGCGCCCGUGACUCCGCCGGUGGCAGGUGGCGGCGCGAGGCCACGCUACUGCCGCUGUUGUAACAUCAUAUGAAACAUACUUCGUAUGUUUAGGUAAAGGACUUUACAACUCCACUGACAUAUCUCAUUAGUCACUUUGGUAUUUGACAUGACGUGUCUAUAGUCACUUUGGUAUAUGUUGUGUCAUAGGUCACUUUGGUUUUUGACAUUUGUAAGUCACUUUGGUAAUUGACAUGUUUCAUUAGUCACUAUGAUGUUUGUCAGGCAUUGACCAUUUAUUGUUACGUCAAUUGACAUAUAUUGCUAUAUGUCAUUGGUAGCACGGACUGUAUUGACACAUGUCAAUUGUAGUUUAGUGCUUAAUCUGUCAUCUAUAUCUAAGAUAAUAUGACAUAAAUGAAAUUUUCAUAUUAAAUUACGGGAUUAAAAUGCUUUUAAUAAUAAUUAUUACAUUUAUAAAACUGUUUUAACCCUUAUAAACUCUAUAUAUAUAUAUAUAUAUAAUUCUACUGUAUAUGUGUAUGUCACUGAACUCUUAUAAAAUGGCUGGGCUGAUUUGAAUGAAUUUUAUUGUAUGCGUUUGGGUUGCGCCCUGGAUUGUUUAGAUUCACAAAUCUGCCCGUCAGAUGGCGUUAUAGUCGGUAUCUAGUUUAUUUAUCUUUACAGCAAAUAAACAGCUGGUUUAUAUAUAAAUCUUUUGAAUGGCUGGACAGAUUUUGAUGACAUUUUUUGUGUGUUCAAGUGGAGUCGAGAAUGAUUUACAUUAUGUAUGUAAGACGUGUGUACAGGACAACGUCUGUCGGACCCUAGCGGGUUUUUUUUAAUAUAUUUUGACGAUUUAAGUGGUUGCUGUUUUGGCAAAAUUUAAUAUUUUUUCUAUCUCAUAUUUGUUUUUUUUUCUGGUUUUAAUAUAUUUAAAACAAACUUAAGAGGCUGGAGAGGUCAAAAUUUGAAAUUUAAAAAAAAAAUAUUGUAAUUGACACCGCUUUUAAAUAGGGCCCGUGUAUCGUCAAACAUAAAUAUUAUUGUCCGUAUGAAGUUUGACAUAUUUGACAGCGCUCAGGACGAGAUUGUAACAUAAGAGAUAUGCCCUGAAACAUCGCCUAUAAGCGAUAAGGCGCACUCUUAUUGGGUGUGAAUUAAAAGUGUGAUUCUUAAUUUACCAAAUCUCCGUUUUUUUACAUUACUGGAGGAAACGGACAGGAUCAUUUGAUGUUAAGUGAUACCGCCGCCCAUGGACACACAAUGCCAGAGGGUUCGCAAGUGCGUUGCCGGCCUUAAACUUUUUAGUUGUAAAACUAUUAUAUCUUAUAUAUAGUAAAAAGUUGUUUAACACAAUAGCUUCCUUCGAAAUGUAAAUAAUAAAAUAAUCAUUUCACGUUUUUGUACGAUAAGCGAGUUGUAUAAAUGUUGUAAACACAAACGUAAAAUAAAUGUAUAUGUCAAACCUGACAACUGUCAGAAGUUAUAUUGAAUUGACAUUGGCGAUGACAUGUGAUAUCUUGUGUUGUUAAUGUUGAGUAAUAUUAAAACUUGACAUUACCGAUGACAUUUGACAAUUGAAAUCUGUGUGUAAAGAGAAGUGCCUGGGAUUUGAAAAUGCUAAAACACCUUUGACGAUACCUGAUACGAUAAGUAAUUAUAUCGUUCGACAUCUUGAUACUCAGAAAAAUAAUUUUUUGUCAUUAAAUGAAAUUGCUACUUUUUCAUUAAUGGUUCUCUUUCUGACUAUGAAUCUAUGAAAUGACAUGUCAUAAUUGUCUCGUCAAUGUCAGAUCUUAAAUAAGUUUAACGUAAAAUAAGGCGACAAUAUGCUUAUGUAUAUAUUAUAAUAUAUCUUUUCGUGUAUACUGUAAUACUAUAUGUGAUUAGUGGCCGGGUCUUCCGGUAAAAAUGGUUAAGAGGUAACGUUUAAGCAGAUGCGGUCUGCCCCAUAACCUGGGGGGGCAUGGGACAUAUUUUUCUAUUUAUAAUUAUUUUUUUACAAUAGUGAAAUAAAUGAUGCAUUUUAUGUU